AUGGGAGUUCCAGCAUUCUACAGAUGGUUAGCAGAGAAAUAUCCAAUGAUAAUACAGGAUGUAAUCGAAGAAGAAGCAGUUGAAAUCCAAGGAAUUUCAAUACCAGUCGAUACAAGUAAUCCUAAUCCAAAUAAACUCGAAUACGAUAAUCUUUACCUUGAUAUGAAUGGUAUUAUUCAUCCCUGUUUCCAUCCUGAAGACCGGCCGGAUCCUACCACAUUCGACGAGGUGUUUCAGUGCAUGUUUGAUUAUAUCGAUAGGCUUUUUGUCAUGGUUCGCCCACGUAAGCUUAUAUACAUGGCUAUUGAUGGUGUGGCUCCAAGGGCAAAGAUGAAUCAGCAACGGUCUAGACGUUUCAGAGCUGCUAGAGAUGCGCAAGAAGCAGCAGAAGAAGAAGAGCGGCUGCGAGUAGAGUUUGCGGAGGAGGGAAGAAAGCUUCCUCCUAAGGAAACUUCACAGGUCUGCGAUUCAAAUGUUAUCACCCCUGGAACUGAAUUUAUGCAUGUUUUGUCAGUUGCGCUGCAGUACUACAUUCAUCUCAGACUAAACAAUGAUCCUGGGUGGAGAUCAGUUAAGGUUAUCCUUUCUGAUGCUAAUGUUCCUGGUGAAGGGGAACACAAAAUUAUGUCUUAUAUUCGUCUGCAAAGAAACCUUCCUGGCUUCAAUCCAAAUACCCGUCACUGCCUCUAUGGUUUGGAUGCAGAUUUGAUUAUGCUGGCAUUAGCUACACAUGAAGUACAUUUCUCUAUUCUCAGAGAGAUUGUCGUAAAUGCACAACAAGAAAAAUGCUUCAUAUGCGGUCAGGUGGGUCAUUUAGCUGCAAACUGUGAGGGAAAGGCUAAGAGAAAAUUUGAACAGUUGGAUGAAAAGCAGGACACUGCUGUAACAGCAAAGAAGCCAUACCAGUUCGUAAACAUCUGGACUCUUCGGGAGUACUUGGAUUACGAGAUGAGAAUUCCUAAUCCACCAUUUGAGAUUGAUCUUGAACGUCUUGUGGACGACUUCAUAUUUAUAUGUUUCUUUGUUGGAAAUGAUUUUCUGCCUCAUAUGCCCACACUGGAAAUUCGAGAGGGAGCCAUCAACUUGCUCAUCGCUGUCUAUAAGAAGGAGUUUGGGGCAAUGAAGGGGUAUUUAACCAACUCUAGCAAGCCUGAUUUGAGCAAGGUUGAACACUUCAUUCAGGCAGUGGGGUCGUAUGAGGAUGUAAUUUUCACCAAAAGAGCUAGACUUCAUCAGCGGCAGGCAGAAAGAAUCAAGCGUGACAAAGCCCAGAAACAAAGGGGUGAUAAUGUGGAACCUACGGUGAAGCCUGAGUCCCUUGUCCCAGUUGCUCGGUUUCAGGGCUCUCGUCUUGCUUCUGCUCCGUUGCCGUCGCCAUAUGAACGAACAGGAAAGGUGGCAAGACACACUUAUUCAGGGGGAUCUGUCGGUGCAGCCAUUGUUGAGGCUGAGAAUAGUUUAGAGCUGGAGACACGUGAUAACAAAGAGGAGCUCAAGGAGAGGCUUAAAGACUUAAUUCGUGAGAGGUCAGACCUUUUGAAUAGAGAUGACCAAGAAGAAGACAAGGUGAGAUUGGGUGAGGAUGGGUGGAAGGAAAGGUACUACAGGGAAAAGUUCUCAGUUGAAACCUUGGAUGAGAUUGAAGCAGUAAGAAAAGACGUUGUUCUAAAAUACGUACAAGGCUUGUGCUGGGUGAUGGAAUAUUAUUAUGAAGGUGUUUGCUCUUGGCAGUGGUUUUAUCCUUAUCAUUAUGCACCGUUUGCCUCCGAUCUCAAGGAUCUUGGUGAGAUGCAAAUAAACUUUGAAUUAGGUUCACCAUUCAAACCAUUUGAUCAGCUGAUGGGUGUCUUUCCAGCUGCAAGUUCCCAUGCGCUACCUGAGCAUUAUAGGAAAUUGAUGACUGACCCAACUUCACCCAUUAUUGAUUUUUAUCCGACUGAUUUUGAAGUUGACAUGAAUGGCAAGCGGUUUGCAUGGCAGGGUAUCGCUAAAUUACCAUUCAUUGAUGAAAGUCGUCUUCUUACUGAGAUAAAAAAAGUGGAACAUACUUUGACGGAGGAGGAAGCAAAAAGAAACAGCGUCAUGCAAAAUAUGCUGUUCAUCUCGACAUCUAACCCGCUCUCUCCAUAUAUAUUUUGCCUCGCUGAUCAGUUGUCUAACAAAAAAGGGGCUGAAGUGAAAGAAAAAAUUGACCCCAAGGCCAGUGGCGGGAUGAAUGGAUAUCUAUCUCUUUGCAAUGGAGAUCCUUGCCCACCGGUCUUUCAAUCGCCUGUUCCCGGAAUGGAGGAUAUUAUGAAUAAUCAAGUCAUAUGUGCUAUUUACAGACUUCCUGAUGCACAUACUCAUGUCGCUCGACCUCCAUUAGGUGUUAUAUUCCCAAAGAGGAUGGUCGAAGUAGAAGAUUUGAAGCCACCACCUAUUUUAUGGCAUGAAGAUAAUGGAAGGAAACCAUGGGAAAAUAAUGGCAGGCAAAACAACCACCACGGAAAUGGAAGGGGUUCUGGUCGACAUCUUGGGAAGGCAGCACAUAGAUUUGUCAAUAACAGUUUACAGUUUAAGACAGACCGUAAUGUGGAGCAGAUGCAUGGACACACAUCUUUCUCAAAUGGCAGGCAGCACAACAGUAACCAUGGAGGUCCACAUAAUCAUGCUUCUGCUCCUAAUAAUAAUAAUUAUCCUAACCGCCCUCAGAAUGAAGAAAACUGGAGAGCGGCUCAUACCAGAGACCAUUAUCCCGUGCAUGAUUAUCCACAGCCUCCUCCUGGUGCAAUUGGUGUCCCACCCUUGUAUCAUCCUGGUAACGUGGUACAAACAUAUGUGGCAGGUGGACACCAUGUAAUCCAAAGAGGAGCUGCAUAUGGUGGCUAUGGGAGCCAGCAGCACUCAAGUGCAGGUGCUGAUAACCAUUAUCACGAUAACAUAGGGGGCAGGUGGGGGGAUCCUCCGGAAAAUCAAAGAGCUGUAGGUAGAGGUUACGAGGGUUCUCAGUAUUUAGGGAAUAGCUAUGCAGGUUUAAACAGAGGAGGAUCAAGUAGAAGGCCUAAUCUACCAGACCCAGGGUAUAGUUGGUCUUAA